AUGGAGCCGGCCGGGCCAGAAGCGGCGCAGCAGCCGCGCGUGUCGGCCGCCGAGGCCCGCCGCCUCGCCAGCGACAUCCUGCAGGGCAACGGGGUGCCGGCGGCCGACGCGGCCACGAUUGCCGCGUGCCUGGUGGCGGCGGACCUGCGCGGCGUCGACUCGCACGGCAUCAGCCGGAUCCCCUCGUACGUGGAGCGCAUCCGGCGGGGCGUGCUGGACCCGGCGGCCGCGCCGGCCGUCACGCAGGUCACGCCGGCGGCGGCGCUGGUCGACGCCCGCAACGGCUUCAGCUUCCCGGCGACCCGGCUGGCCGUGCAGGCGGCCGUGGCGGCGGCCCGCGUCUACGGCAUCGGCAUGGCCUCGGUCACGCGCUCCAACCACCUCGGCAUGGCGGCCUGGGUGGUGCAGCAGGCCCUCGACGCCGGCAUGAUGAGCCUCGUCUUCACCAACUCGAGCCCGGCGCUGGCCCCGCACGGCGGCCGCGCCGCGCUGCUGGGCACCUCCCCGCUCGCCUGCGGCGCCCCCGGCCGCGGCCGCAUGGCCAACUUCAUCCUCGACAUGGCGCCCUCGGUGGCCGCCCGCGGCAAGAUCCACCGCGCCCGCCGCCGCGGCGACCGCAUCCCGCUGGGGUGGGCGCUCGACGCCGACGGCCGCCCGACCGACGACCCGGCCGCCGCGCUGGGCGGCGUCAUGCUCCCCGUCGGCGGGCCCAAGGGCUCCGCCCUCGCCAUCAUGAUGGACGUCUUCUCGGGCGUGCUGUCCGGCUCCGCCUUCGCGGGGCACGUCACCGGGCCGUACGACGCCUCCGCCCCCGCCGACGCCGGCCACUUCGUCGUGGCCAUCAAGCCGGACCUGUUCAUGAGCCUCGACGACUUCCGCGGCCGCAUGGAGUACCUGUACGAGCGGGUCGUCGGCGCCGACAGGGCCCCCGGCGUCGACCGCAUCUACUUCCCGGGCGAGUUGGAGCAGAUUGCCGAGCGGGAGAGGAUGCGCUCGGGCAUUCCGCUGGCCCAGGCGGAGAUUGACGCGCUGAACCAAGAGGCCGGGCGCGUUUCCGUGCGGCCGUUGGAGCUUUUGGACUGA